AUGGGUUUAUUCGAUAAAGUUAAGGAAUUUGCUAAUAACAACGGUGGCAACGGCGGCAACAGCGAUGGUAACAGUGACAUGCUUUCUCGUGCCGAGAACAUGUUGGGAUCUGACCGCGUGAGCCAAAUCAAGAACAAGGUUGGGUCUGACAAUUUCUCCAAGUUUGAGAGCUCGGUGAGAAAUCAAUUCUCCAAGACCUCUUUGGAUGACAACAAUGACAACAACUCGUCAUCAUACGGCAACAAUGGCGGUAACAACAGCUCGUACGGUAACAACGACGACUCUUAUGGAAGCAACAACAACGAUUCCUAUGGAAGCAGCAAGAACGAUUCCUAUGGAAGCAGCAAGAACGAUUCCUACGGAAGCAACAACAACGACUCUUAUGGAAGCAACAACAACGAUUCCUAUGGAAGCAACAAGAACAACUCGUCUUCCUACGGUAAUGACAACAACAACUCGUCCUCCUACGGCAACGACAACAACAACUCGUCUUCCUAUGGUAACGACAACAACAACUCUUCUUCGUACGGCAACGACGACUCAUACGGUAGCAAGAAAUCCGGAAAGAAGUCUUACGGCGACGACAGCUACGGCAACAACUCUUCUUCCUACGGUGACGACAACAACAACUCAUCGUCCUACGGCAACGACAACAACAACUCGUCUUCCUAUGGCAACGACGACUCAUACGGCAGCAAGAAGUCCGGAAAGAAGUCUUCUUACGGUGACGACAGCUACGGCAACAACUCUUCUACAUACGGUGACGACAACAACAACUCGUCCUCCUAUGGCAACGAUGAUUCCUACGGCAGCAAGAAGUCCGGAAAGAAGUCCUCCUACGGAAAUGACGACUCUUACGGCAACAGCUCCUCGUCUUACGGUAACGACAACAAUAACUCGUCUUCCUACGGCAAUGACAACAACAACUCGUCGUCCUACGGCAACGACGACUCUUAUGGUAGCAAGAAGUCCGGAAAGAAGUCUUCUUACGGAAAUGAUGACUCUUACGGAAACAACUCUUCUUCCUACGGUGACGACAACAACAACUCGUCGUCCUACGGCAACGACGACUCUUACGGCAGCAAGAAGUCCGGAAAGAAGUCCUCCUACGGAAAUGACGAUUCUUACGGCAACAGCUCCUCGUCUUACGGUAACGACAACAACAACUCGUCUUCCUACGGAAAUGACAACAACAACUCUUCUUCCUACGGCAAUGACAACAACAACUCGUCCUCCUACGGCAAUGACGACUCCUACGGUAGCAAGAAAUCCGGAAAGAAGUCUUACGGUGACGACAGCUACGGGAACAGCUCAUCAUCCUACGGUAACGACAACAACAACUCGUCCUCCUACGGCAACGACGACAGCUAUGGCAACAAGAACUCGUCUUCGUACGGCAACAAGAACUCGUCCUCCUACGGUAACGACGACAGCUACGGAAACAACAACUCGUCCUACGGCAACAACAACUCGUCCUCCUACGGUAACGACGACAGCUAUGGAAACAACAACUCGUCCUACGGCAACAACAACUCGUCCUCCUACGGUAACGACGACAGCUAUGGAAACAACAACUCGUCCUACGGCAACAACAACUCCUCCUACGGCAACAGCCGCGACAACAACUGGUAA